AUGGCCGCGGCGGGGCAGAACCUGGCCGUGGUGGUGCACCGAGCCGGGGACCUGCGCCUGGAGAACCGUCCCAUCCCAGAGCCAGGGCCCAAUGAGGUCCUGCUGCGGAUGCACUCGGUGGGGAUCUGCGGCUCCGACGUCCACUACUGGCAGCACGGCCGGAUUGGGGACUUUGUGGUGAAGAGCCCCAUGGUGCUGGGCCAUGAAGCUGCUGGCACUGUCAUCAAAGUUGGCUCAGGGGUGACUCACUUGAGACCAGGUGACCGUGUGGCCAUUGAACCAGGGGUGCCACGGGAGGUGGAUGAGUUCUGCAAGGGUGGCCGCUACAACCUGUCCCCUACCAUCUUCUUCUGCGCCACGCCGCCCGACGACGGCAACCUCUGCCACUACUACAAGCACAGUGCUGCCUACUGCUACAAGCUUCCAGACAAUGUCACCUUUGAGGAAGGAGCCCUGAUUGAGCCUCUCUCAGUGGGGAUCCAUGCCUGCAGGAGGGCAGGAGUCACCCUGGGCAGCAAAGUCUUCAUCUCUGGCUCUGGACCCAUUGGCCUUGUCAAUGUGCUGGUUGCCAAGAUGAUGGGAGCAGCCUCUGUGGUGAUCACAGACCUGUCAGCCUCCCGCCUGCAGAAGGCCAAGGAGGUGGGGGCAGACUUCACCAUCCAGGUGAAGAAGGAGAGCCCACAGGAGGUGGCCUCCAAAGUGGAAGCCCUGCUGGGCUGCAAGCCUGAGAUCACAGUGGAGUGCACAGGAGCAGAGGCCUGCAUCCAGGCUGGCAUUUAUGCCACUCGCUCAGGUGGGACCCUGGUGCUGGUGGGGCUGGGCCCUGAGAUGGUGACGGUGCCCAUCGUGAAUGCGGCCGUGAGGGAGGUCGACAUCCGCGGAAUCUUCCGCUACAGCAACACGUGGCCUGUGGCCAUUGCCCUGCUGGCAUCCAAGCGCAUCGACCUGCGGCCCCUGGUCACACACCGCUUCCCCCUGGAGAGGGCUCUGGAGGCCUUCGAGACCACCCGCAGGGGUGAGGGGGUCAAGGUCAUGCUGAAGUGUGACCCCACUGACCUGAACCCCUGA